GAGAACUGUUCCACUGCCGUCACUUCACUUUUGGAAAGACAUUACCUCUCACCAAUGUAUGCUCUGGAAUUUACCUUUGGAUUCAUUGGAAACAUUGUGGUUGUUCUGGGCUAUAUAUUUUGCCUCCCUGCUUGGAAGUCCACAAAUGUGUAUCUCUUUAAUCUGUCUGUGUCUGACCUCAUCUUUCUGUGCACUUUACCCGAGCUGUCGUAUAACUAUGCUCACAACCUUAAAAAAUUCAAUUCUGCAUUAUGUGUGGUUAAUCGCUACAUCCUCCAUGUGAAUUUGUACUCCAGCAUACUUUUUAUGAUGUGGGUAAGUGUGGACCGGUUCCUGUUACUGUGUCACCCACAGCGAGACCACAUCCUGUUGUCUUUCAAGGCUGCAUUAUGUAUCACCAUCCUUAACUGGAUAUGGGUUAAUGCUCAAAUAGCUCCCCUCAUCAUCUUUAUUAUCCAGGACUUGGAGGAAAAUCGCUGGUCAGUGUGUCAUGAUUUUGCAAGUUUGAAAGGGCCCAGAGUUACACUUAUCUACAGCAUAGUGCUCACCAUAACUGGAUAUGUGAUGCCAUUGAUGGCUUUGUUUCUAUCAUCACAAAAUAUGGUUUCGGCUCUCAUGAAAAGAGAGGAAGUGCUUGGAACAUCUUUUCAAAGGCCAGUAAGAAUCCUGAGGGUUGCAGCAAUCAUGUUCUUGCUGCUCUAUACACCCAUUCAUAUAAUGAGAAAUGUUCGUCUUGCAUCACGUCUUCCUGAAUUAAACUUGUCACAGUGCGUCAAGGACUUGAUCAAUGCAAUUUACAUAGUGACAAGGCCAAUUGGAUUUGCUCACAGUGCCAUCAACCCUGUGUUUUACUUCCUCAUGACAGACAGCUUUAAAGAAGCACUGCAGGACAAGUGGAAGCAGAUUAAAAGGACGAUAAUGACCUUUAAAGGGUGCUAA